AUGCUCGUCACGGAAACCAAUCUGCUGAAAAAGGACAUCAUCGUGAGAGCAGCGGAGCUACCGAUGGGGGUGGACUCUUUCACGGCCCACAAGAACCUCAUCCGCCACUGGACAGGCAGGGGGACACGGUGGAAGAUGAUAUGUGAAACCAUCAUGAAAUCGCCGUUGGGUGUACGGCCUCUAGCGCAGGAAGCGGCAGACGUGGCGCGUGAACCGAUCCUGUUCAACCGGCGCAUUCUACCCAAUGGAAAGACACCACUGGGAGGGCAGAAAUCAGCAGCGCGGCUCAAGGAUUGGAACCUAGGGAAGCUGAGAUGCACUGGGGCGGAUGGGGACCUUGUUUUCAAAUCGCUGGAGCAACUAAAAACGGAACUGGGGGAGAUAGGGCCGGCGAGGUUGGUGCUCAAGGCGUUGGAAGCAGUGCCGGAGGACUGGAGGAAAGCAUUAGUGGCAGCUGGAGGUGUUAGCUCGGCUGCCUCACAGCAGCAACCGUUACCGUACAUCUCGAACGAGGGGAUUUUCUCACUGAAGCAGAUGAGGGAAUUUUGGGGUUCUGGCCGAGCCUCCAACAAGCAGGCGAAGUGGGGGAGCAGAUGGGGCAAGAGGAUCGACUGGAGGGAAAUCAUUGCCAUCAGAGACUCUCGGGUGAUUCCUAACCGUCCACGUAGCGUGCUGUUGAGAAUCCACGGGCUCAAUCUUCAGGUGGGAGAGAGGGUGGCCUUCCUCCGCUGCAAGCCUGUCUGCCCAUAUUGCAGUGAAGAGGAAACCCUAGAGCACUGCCUCUUCACCUGCCCGGUCAUUCAAUCGGUCGCCACCUCAAUCCUGCGAGCCCUGCGCAUGAUGAAUCCAGCUCGCCACAUCUCCUCGCUGGGCGACCUGCUCUUCAAGCGCGCUGGCUCUGACUCAGCUUUUCCAGAGGCAACUUUGGCUGCUAUUGUGCUACAUCAGAUCUGGGUGGAGAGAUGUGAAGCAGUGUUUCGUGGAGGGAAAUUUAGAGCGCGGCGAGUUCUGCGACGAAUUGAGCGGGCUUUCUAUCUUCAUGCAAGAAUCUACCUGAAAGAGCAACGGACGAAACUUCGGAAAGGGGCGGGCGGCCCCCGGAAGAGCAAGUGGGCAAGGCUUCUGGCGGACGAACAGCGUCUGUUCGGACACAUCACAGUUGCGGAUGGGCUGAAGUGGAAAUGGACAAGUGGCUUUGCAGCCAUCUGGUCCAAGAAGCGUAGGGCACAUCGUAGCAGCAGUGGCAGCGGCAGCGCAAGUGACAGCGCAAUCGACAGCACGAGCAGCAGUGGGUGGGAAACAGCAGGGGUUGCACCUGGCAAGGACAGCGGUGACCGCGUUGUAAUCGGUGCUGCUGCUGCUGCUGCUGCUACUUCGGGUGAGCCUAUAGGUGCCAGUGGUGCUGGUGGUGGUGCCGGUGGUGGUGGCGGCAGUGAGGCAAGGGGGAGCGGCGCGUCCUCCUCGUCUGAUUCGGUCUCUCCAGAGAGCACUGCCACACUGAACCAGCAUGCUCCUCCCCUCGUGGGCUCUGGAGCUGCUGCGGUGGGUGCUACCCCCGCUGCUGUCCACCCCGCCGCCUCUGCCCUGCAAGCACUCGCCCUCGCGUCGCUGCCGCCCCCCUCGGUUGUGCCGUCUCUCGCAGCACCACUGGUGUCAGCGGCGUCAGCAGCAUUGGCAUCGUUGACAGUAGCAGUACCGUCAGAAUCCCCACCUUCACAGUCCCCACCCUCGCAGUCACCGCCUUCUCAGUCGCCGCCGCUCUCCGUCCUGGCUGCUGACGUCAUUUCGGACGUGGCAGGUGACGUGGCGAGGAUUGGGGGUAUUCCCAGCGAGCCCCUGCUGGGCGCGCCGUGGAGCCCCGACGGCAGAAAAUACCUUCUGGCGCUCUGCUCCACUGGCGGGAUGUCCAACCAUCUCUUCUGUCUGCGAGAGUUCGCUCUGCUCGCAGGAGCUCUCAACCGAACGCUUGUGGUGCCCAUGGGGCCUCACGAGCUGACCCUACCGCUCUCCCUCGUGUUUGACGUGCCCUUCCUGCGCGCCUGCUAUGGCCCGAAGACAGCCCUCACUCUCGACAAGUACAAGCAGUUCGUGGGCAGGGGCAGCAUGGAGGUAACCCACGUGCUGUGCCUCGUCAAGGGCUGCCACCUCGUGCCUGACGCUGCACCAGGCGGGCAGUUCAAGGCGAGCAAGGGGCGCAUCAGCCUGGCAAACGUGUCGGUGCCGGCAGUGGAGCAGUGGGCGUGGUCGGGCCUGCCGGACAAACACUCUCUGCAAGCGUUCGUCAAGGUGUACAGCCGAGUGCCGGAUGGUGUCCUGGUGAUUGGCGAGUUCAAGAAGCAACCCAUCACGGAUUCCAUCUUCUUCCGAAUGCUCGCCCCAAUGGACCUCCCGUUCCUGCUGCCCCCACCACUGGGCAAGCAGAGGGGGAAGGCCAAACCCGGGAAGGUGGUGCCGCGAGAAACAUGCCUCUCGUCUCCCGCCAUUCGGCCCCCUGAGGCGCUCAUAGCAGUAGCGCGCCACAUAGUGCAAAACCACCUGCUCGAUGGCCAGUUCCUGGCAGUGCAGUUCAGGAGGGGGGAUUUCAAGGACUACUGCCGCAAGAAGCACCCAUCGGACGGCUGUUUCCUGCCAGUGGACCAGGCAGCACAGUGCAUGCGCGCUGCAGCUGUGGCAGCACGUGCCCCCCUCGUCUUCCUCGCCACCAAUGCCCGCCCACACGAGGUAGCAGCCAUUGCAGCAACGCUGCUUGAGACCCCUCAAGGAAAGCCACUGGAGGUCGCAGCUACAGCUGCUGCUGCUGCUGGUGCUGGUGCUGCUUCUGCUGCUACAGCUGCUGCUGCAGUGGAGCAGGGACAGCCAGUUUCUAAGCCACUUGAAAGAAGAAGAAUGCUGGGCAGAUUCGCAGAGGAGUUGCCACUGCCAGCCAAAGAACCACGUUCGUUGCAGGGGGUUGCCCAGCCAUCUGGGUCCGAUUCUCAGUCGUUGGAUCCACGAACUCAGCGGUCGAUGCCUGGGAUUGCUCGCCGCAUGCUGCCCGGUGGUUCAAGCGGAGUUGAGGUUUCACCGCUUGAUGAGCAGCAGCCUGCCAACAGCAGCAGCAACAGCAGCAGCCCUGACAGCAGUAGUGCAGUGCAGCUUGUAACGCUAGCGCAUCUGCUCUCUAAAGAGGACAGCAGCUUGUGGCUUCAAUCCCUUUUGGAGAAUGGCAUCAACCUCAAGACCACCCCGCAAGCCGCCGCUACACUAGAGAAGCUGGUGUGCGCGCUGGGUGCAGGCUUUCUGGGCACAGCCCACUCCACGUUCACGAAUGACAUUGUGCGGCUGAGGCACGGGUUCCGCACUGCGAGGUGCAGCGACGACUACAUCUGCAGUGCCGGGCCGAAAGAAAGGUAG